AUGCGGAGAAUACCUGCCUCCUAUACAUCGGAUAUCCGCCCCGCCCCGCCGAGAUUAGCCGAGGCCCAACCUUCCGGCUUCCGUCCCGCCACUUGGUCCGACAACUACACUCAUACAUAUCUCGCCAUUAUGCCCCGCGUUGCCGUUAUCCAGUGGUCGAUCAAGAACCUUGCUGUGGAACAGAACCAUUCCACGGCAUGCGAGUACAUCCGCUCUGCCGCCGCACAGGGCGCGGAACUGGCCGUUCUACCUGAAUACCACCUCUUCGGCUGGGCCCCCGAAGAUCCCUUCUUCGCCGAGCAAGCCUCCCAAACAACAAAGUACCUCGAGGCAUACCAAGCCCUCGCCAAAGAGCUGAGCAUCUGCAUUGUUCCGGGGACACUAGUAGAGAAGCAUCCUCAUCCGGACUCUUCGCUAUCUUCCGAAGAUCAAGACGGUGAUAGAGAUGCUUACGUUCUCUACAACACGGCCUAUUUCAUCUCCAACACCGGCGCCAUCCUCGGCCGGUACAGGAAGAAGAACAUCUGGCAUCCCGAGCGGGAGUAUCUGACUUCUUCGGGCAUGGAAAAACAUGAAGUCUUUGAUACGCCGAUUGGGAAGGUCGGAUUAUUGAUUUGCUGGGACGUUGCCUUCCCCGAGGCAUUCCGAGAGCUGAUUGCAGCUGGGGCGGAGAUCGUGAUUGUGCCUACUUAUUGGGGCCGCUACGACGCGAACCCAGACGCACUAAACCACAACCCGAACUCCGAAGCGCUCUUCCUCGACUCCGUGCUAACAGCGCGGUGUUUCGAGAACACCUGCGGCAUCAUCUUCGCCAACGUCUCCGGAGAAGAGCAGUUCCUCGGAAUGUCGCGGGUUGUUCUUCCCGUCGUCGGGCCCAUCGCGAAGAUGGGCAACGAGGAGGGUGUAUUAGUUACAGACAUGAACAUGGAUCUUGUCCGCAUUGCCGAGGAGAACUACAAGGUACGGAUGGAUAUAAAGAGGGAAGGGUGGUACUACUCUUAUCGGCACUCUGAGAAGAGGUAG